AUGUAUCAUUCCUUGUCUGAAACUAGACACCCUCUGCAACCAGAAGAACAAGAAGUGGGCACUGACCCCUUGUCGAGUUACUCAAGCAAGCCUGGAGGAGAUUCAAAUCAAAAUGGAAGAAGAAUAAGUUCUUUAGACUCUGAUGGGACUUUUAAUUCCUAUAGGAAAGAAUGGGAAGAACUAUUUGUAAACAACAAUUACUUGGCAACAAUAAGGCAGAAGGGGAUUAAUGGGCAGCUGAGAAGCAGCAGGUUCCGCAGCAUUUGCUGGAAGCUUUUUCUUUGUGUUCUUCCUCAAGAUAAAAGUCAGUGGAUAAGUAAAAUUAAAGAACUAAGAGCAUGGUAUAGCAGCAUUAAAGAAAUACACAUCACAAACCCUAGGAAGGUUGUUGGGCAGCAAGACUUGAUGAUCAAUAACCCCCUUUCCCAGGAUGAAGGGAGUCUUUGGAACAAAUUCUUCCAGGAUAAAGAACUUCGAUCAAUGAUUGAACAAGACGUCAAAAGAACGUUUCCUGAAAUGCAGUUUUUCCAACAAGAAAGUGUGAGAAAAAUUCUUACAGAUGUUCUUUUCUGUUAUGCUAGAGAAAACGAGCAGUUGCUUUAUAAACAGGGGAUGCACGAGCUGCUGGCUCCUAUCGUCUUUACCCUCCACUGCGACCACCAGGCCUUUCUCCAUGCCAGUGAGUCUGCGCAGCCAAGGCAAGAAAUGAAAACUCUCCUGAAUCCUGAAUAUCUGGAACAUGAUGCCUAUGCCAUGUUCUCACAGCUUAUGGAAACUGCUGAACCUUGGUUUUCUACUUUUGAGCAUGAUGGUCAAAAGGGGAAAGAAACCCUGAUGCCUCCUAUCCCCUUUGCUAGACCACAGGAUUUGGGGCCAACAAUUGCUAUUGUUACUAAAGUCAACCAGAUCCAGGAUCAGCUACUGAAGAAGCAUGAUAUUGAGCUUUACAUGCACCUGAACAGACUAGAAAUUGCACCACAGAUAUAUGGGUUACGGUGGGUGCGGCUGCUGUUUGGCCGAGAGUUCCCGCUGCAGGACCUCCUGGUGGUCUGGGACGCCCUGUUUGCCGAUGGCCUCACCCUGACUUUGGUUGACUAUGUCUUCGUGGCCAUGUUGCUCUACAUACGAGAUGCUUUGAUCUCCAGUAACUACCAGACCUGUCUUGGCCUUCUGAUGCAUUACCCACUCAUCGGGGACGUUCACUCACUGAUCCUUAAGGCUCUGUUCCUUCGUGACCCAAAGAGAAAUCCAAGACCAGUGACUUAUCAAUUCCAUCCAAAUUUAGAUUAUUACAAAGCCCGAGGAGCAGAUCUCAUGAAUAAAAGCCGGACCAAUGCCAAAGGCGCUCCCCUAAAUAUAAAUAAGGUCUCAAACAGCCUGAUUAACUUCGGAAGGAAGCUGAUUUCUCCCGCGGUGGCCCCGGGCGGUGCUGGCGGCCCCGCGGCAGCCGGCAGUGGCGGCGCCCCCUCCCCGGCCGCAGCUCCCACCAAGAGCUUGGCGGAAGCCCCCAGGCACGCCCUGCAGCAGCAGCAGCAGCAGCGGCUGAUGAAAUCGGAAAGCAUGCCCGUGCAGCUGAACAAAGGUGAUGUAGUUACAGGAAGUGAAGCUCAGGUUUCUGUUCCUGUCCAGACCCUAACUGACCUCCCAGGACAAAGUUCUAAAAACAUCAGUUCCUCUCCGAGCAUUGAGAGUUUGCCUGGAGGGAGAGAGUUCACCGGCUCCCCACCUUCAUCUGCUGCUAAGAAGGAUUCCUUUUUCAGCAACAUCUCCCGAUCGCGCUCACACAGCAAAACUAUGGGCAGAAAAGAAUCUGAAGAAGAAUUAGAAGCCCAAAUUUCCUUCCUUCAAGGACAGUUGAAUGACCUGGAUGCCAUGUGCAAAUAUUGUGCGAAGGUGAUGGACACUCAUCUUGUAAAUAUUCAAGAUGUGAUAUUACAAGAAAAUUUGGAGAAAGAGGAUCAGAUUCUGGUUUCCCUGGCCGGACUGAAGCAGAUCAAAGACAUCCUGAAGGGCUCCCUGCGUUUCAACCAGAGCCAGCUGGAGGCCGAGGACAACGAGCAGAUCAGCAUCGCAGACGACCACUACUGCUCCAGUGGCGCCGCCCAGCAGGCCCCGCCAGCAGCCCCGGGGCGCCGGGAGCGGCCUGGCGCGGACGACUUCGUCCUGGUCUCCAAGGACGGCGAGGAGCGCGGCGCCGGGCCCAGCCCAGCGGGCCAGGCCCAGCCAAUGCGGCCGCUCCGGGGCGCCGCCCGGCCGGCGCUCGUGUUCUCCGACCCGCUGACCGGCCCGGCCUCCGCCUCCUCCAGCAACCCCAGCUCCAGCCCCGACGACGACAGCAGCGGCCACAGCAAGGACUCGGGCUUCACCAUCGUGAGCCCCUUGGACCUCUGA